AUGGCGCUGGAGCAGCUGCCCAACGUGGACAGCGUCGGCGUCUCGCGCUCGCCCUACAGCGCGGCCAAGAACGGCUUCGUCUACACCGUCACGUUCGACGGCGCGUACCUCGUGAGCGGGCAGCAGGCCAACACGCUCGUGGGGGACGCGAGCGCGUGCCAGGACGUGCAGCCGCCCAACCGCGCGCUGUCGUUCGAGGGCGCGCGCGUCACGCCGGGCGUCUCCGGAUUCUACCCGGAGGUGUGGGAGAUCGUGUCGACCGACGCGGCCAACGCGCAGGUGCUGGGGGGCACGUUCGACUUGUCGGUGGGCUUCGAAGGCGUCUGGGUGGCGGCCACCCCCGCGGUGACGGCCACGGUGACCGCAGGCUCGAGAACGGCGACGACGAGCGCGUCGAUGCUCGGGCGCGUGAAUCGAGGAGACCGCGUGCGCAUCGGCGGAGAGGAGUUCAGGGUGCACGCCACCGCGCCCUUCACAGACACCACGCUGCCGCUGGAUUCGUACCACGUGCGCGGCGCCAGUGGAGCUCCGAUUCAGGUCAUGGACACGGCGCUGGGCAACGUUCAGGUCACGGGGGGAUCAAGGUCCGUGAUCACCUCUGGCGACUUCAGCAGUCGAAUUGCGGGUGGAGAGCAGAUUCGAAUAGGCGACAGGGACGUUGCGGUCGCGAUCGUUGUAGCUGGCACAAUAACGCUGUCGAGCGCGUGGCCUGACGCGUCCAAUUUGCACGUGACGGCGUAUGUACGCAAGAAGGCGACGUUGAGUGUGAGCGCGGAGGCCGCAGAGAUGAAGCGCGCGUUGAGCGCGUUGCCUGGAGUUGGGGCCAUCGACGUCUCGCGUGUUGGGCCCUCACUUUCGAAUGGAUAUCGAUGGCACGUCACGUUCCAGUCGCUGGACAGCACCUGCCCGACGUCACCAUGCCUUCGUGUCGAUAUGAAGACGGGUACUACAAACUUUGUGGACGUGUAUGGCGACACCUGCGCUACGUGCUCAGUGACAGCGUCGAUCGUGAAAGAUGAUACGCGGGUCACUACCUUACGAGCGAUCGACGGGGACUACGCGGACAGUGCGAUCGUCGCCUCACAAGAAGUUGGCGGAGCGGUGCCUGAAGUGCAGUCGAUCUCCACGACAGCAAGUGCCGAUGACAUCAGCGGCUCGUUCCCACUCAGUUUCCAAGGAGCUAGCGGCGCAGUGAUCAACUUUGACGACACCGCAGCCGACGUCCGGGCCAAGCUCCAGAGUCUGCCUACGGUUGGGCGGCUGAACGUGACCAGGGCGGACAAUUCAAACUUCGGCGUGACGUGGACUGUCACCUUUCUGUCGAAUAUGGGGGACUUGCCUCUGUUCGUUGUGGGCAACACGCAGCUGCUGAAAGGCACAGGGGCGGAUGUCGUGGUGCAGGAGGUCGUGAAAGGCGUGGAUGUGUCUCUGGAAACGAUAAUUGAUGGACUGGUUCCAGGUGAAGAUUACUAUGUGCGCGCAUACGCCCGCAACGAGAACGGAUACGGCGCGAGCACAACGGACUUGCAGCAGAGCGGGCGAGGCGCCUUGCCGCUCCUCACUUCCGUGGCAACCUCUCCGGAUGCACCGGGCGUGAAUGGAAUAUGGCCGUUGUCAGGCUCGCAGAUGGAGCUUCGUCUCUCCAGCCCAGUGGAUCAUGGCGAUCCCGUGUCGAAGUAUUUGUUUGAGUACGCGGUCGGUGACACGUUUGGAACUCCAGCGACCAAGAAGGUUUAUGUGUUUAAUUCUCGCGAAGACGACGCUGCUGGGACUUUUCGGUUGCAGUAUGGAGACGAUGUUACGUCGAUGUUAUCAGUGGACACGACAGCUAGCGCUCUGGAGACUGCCUUGAAUAGCCUCCCAUGCCUGCGGCCAGUUUCAGUCACGCGCGCGGUGUAUAGCAAACUGUUGGUUAAAGGGGCAGCCAUUGAUGUUGAAGGGGCUCGCUUUACAGUUCGAAUACAGCCGACGGCGGGCAGCACAAGUGUCAACUUGGAGCCUGGAAGCAGAGUACCGAGCUUCAACGCAGCCAUCCAGCCGAAGGCUGCACUCAGGUUGGACGAUUCGGGUAACGCGCAUGGUCCGUAUGGGUACGUGUGGACAAUCUCGUUCGACAAUGUCGUUGGAGACGUUGUGGACAGCAAAUACCCCGGUCUGCAGCUGCUUUCUUCGCUUACUUCGGUCAAAACAGGCUCAGCACUAACGACUGGGAUCACUGCUGGCCCAGCUGCUGUCCCCGCUACCCACUACGGCUACUUCGAGAUCAACAACGACGAGCGCGUGUGCGAUACGUACGUUGUCGGAGCACCUUCGUCAGUUCAAGUAUUACUGCUCUUUGGCCCUACAACCGCUACGGCCGGUAGUUUCAAGCUCAAACUGGGGAGUGAGACAACUGGCUGCGUCACCUUGGGCAAGCAAGGCACGCCGACUAAUAUGAAGGCGAUGCUGGAAGCUCUCGACUUCGUGUCCAAAGUGACGGUGGAGGAGGUGCUAGCAUUCAAGGUGUCCGUAUUGACUGGGACCUCCACGUCCAAAGUUACCGCCUACGACAGUACGCUCACCACGAUUACUGUUGUUAGUACAGAUACUACAGUAACAUCAAAUGGAGGUCUUACUGCUGGCCAAGUCGCUGUUCUGCUCCGAAACACCGUCAUCCAAGUGAGCCGGAACCCCAACGACUUUUCACGGCACUCGUGCAGGUUUGUUAUCAACACGACCCCGGCCAUCGGAGCUAAAACCAUCUCCGUUACCCCCUCUGGGUCUGGGACCUGUACCAGCUUUACAGGCGAGGCCCGGAGUUUGAAGAUCUUGGACUUUUACGACUACGAGGUGCGCUUCUGGGGGCACUAUCCGACCAGCGAGUGGCCGACGCUGCAGUUUGACUCGGCAACAUUCGGAACCGGCGCCGGCGGUUGUGCGGCGUGGGCACCGACUGUGCCAAAUCAACCGGUGUACGGCCAAGUCCAUACUGUCAAGUAUGAGGGCGCGUGCUCGAAAGGCCAAGAUGGGAUUCAGACGAUCCUCGCAGACGCCUCGAGUGCCAUCGGCGGGACAUUCACACUGUCGUACAUGGGAGAAGUGACGCCAUCGCUGCCGUUCCAAACAACAGGAGCGGCUGAGAUGCGCGAUGCGAUCGACUCCAUCACUGCGCCGGGGACCGUCAACGUGAGCGUGAGUCGGUAUGGCACCUACGGGAAGGCGUGGCACGUGACGUUCGUGCAGUCGCAAGACGAAGAGCAAGACGCCAUCUUCAUCCAGCACUCGCGUCUGACCGGCCAGAGCGCGCUGAUCAGCGUCUACCCCACUGUCACAGUGUUUACAGACGCCAAUCAGAACGACAUUAGCGGCUCGUUCUGGAUAACGUUUAACGGUGAAGUGACCGAGCCGAUUGGGUUCUCGGCAACGCACAUGAAGGUCACCCAGGAGCUGCAGAAGCUCAGUGUCGUGGACUCGGUGGUGGCGCUUGGUGACGCGAGUGCAGGAGACAUUGGGGAUUACUCGCUACUUCUCACUGCUGACGCUACGGGAGGCAGCCGAACGCUGUCCAACAUUAAGCUCAAAGUUGGUGGGAUGUCCAUCGACCCCACCCGAUUUCUAGCUAUUGGCGAGACGCUAGUGAUCGGCGCGAACCCCGCGAACACCAUUCAGUCCAUGACGCCCGUGGAUAUCACCCUGACUGACCCAUUCCCUGGCACGACACUGAUUCAGAACUACGACGUGUCCGCCGGCUUGAUCACGAAACAGACGAAGCCGUUGCCUGGGUUCGUCGGCAUCUCGCCUCUCAUGCGAGUUGUUGCGGCGACGAACGGUCUGAACACGUUUCAGCUGCCUGCAGACCAUGGAUUUAUCGUGGGUAACCCAUUCUUCAUUGCUGGAACAAUGUUCACAGUCACGGGGUUGUCUGGAGCGAGUGUCGUCACCACCGACUUGGCAUACCCAGGUGAGACUGUCGUUAGUGGCAGCCCAGCAGUGUAUCUUUUCGACAACAGACUGCAGACGACGGAGGACCUGAGGAACUUAAUAGCUGCUGGUGAAGACCUGUGGCUCCCCUCUGUAUCGGCAGACAUGACCAAGUACAGAGUUGACGCGGUAACGCAGAGAUAUCUGCAGGUGACAGGGACUAUCUCGACGCCCAUUACGAGGUUGCAAGCCUACCACGUUUCUUACGGACGAAAGUGGAACCUCGUCUUCCGGUCUUACGAUGGAAGUCUCGACACUGUUGACGCCAUUCCAGGCCACGACUGGCGCGGCACCGACGCCCGCAUUGGUACGCGCAGUCCGAAAGCCAUGUCUCCGAAUGUGAUCAACGUGGGGAACCCCGCUGCCGUGCAGACAAUUCACCUGGAAGUCACUAAUGUCGGGAUUGCAACAACAUACACUCUGAGCUUUGCGAGCGAGACAGUCGUGGACACAGGGACCACCAAUCCAAAAAAUAUUCCAUGGACGACCAUCGAUAACGACCUGAAGACGGCACUCGAGAGUCUCGAUAGUGUGGACGGCGUCAGUGUUGCAUCAGUGCUCAGCGCGGGCUCCGUCGUCCACACUGUUUCGUUCUGGGGAACGUACCCGAUGAAAAAGUUGCCUCUGCUCGUGGUCACGCCCGAUCCCGCCAGUACCAACUUGAAGGCGUACGUUCGAGGCAAUGACGCCGUCGCUGUGACCAAGCAGGACAAUUUAAUCCUCGAAAGCAGUCAGAACUACGCAUUCCGCGUAUUUGCAGCGAACUCCAAGGGCUUCAGCGACUCGGUAUCGGUAUUCCAGGCUCAGACGGCGACGAGUUCGGUAGUCCCCACCCCACCAACUGGCGUUUCUCUUGGCGAAUUUCACGGACCUACGUGGCUGUCGAUCAACUAUUGGGCCCCACUGUAUUCGGGAGGAGCUGAAGUGUCCAUGUAUCGGAUUGAAUGGGAUUCCUCUCAGAAUUUUGACAGCUCCAGUGUUGACUACGGCGUGGCGAGCAUCCAGAAGAAGUUCGAAGUGCAGCAAGUGACGACAAUUUAUCGCAGCUCGGUGGGCGCAGGGGGAACGUUCACCCUUUCGUGGGGUGGCCACACGACCACCCCCUUACCGUUCGACUGUACUGCAGCGGAUAUGGUCAAAGCCCUGACUAUCACUACGGGCACUACGGAUGUCCCAAUUGACCCAGUGAAAGUCACUCGAGCGCAAGUGUCGUGGGGAUUCGCCUGGAAGAUCACCUUCCUGCACAACCCAGGCGACUUGGCUCCGCUUGUCGCUGAUGGGAGGCAGCUGACAGGCGAUUUCCCCCGAAUUCAGGUUACUGAGGUUGUUCAGGGCUUCAAUGACCUAGCCAUUGGGGAUUUUACGCACGAAGUCCAGGAGGUUUUCACGGAUGGCGUGUCAGAGGUGGACGGGUCAUUUGCACUGACAUUCAACGGCAAGACGACGGGGAAGAUCCUAGUAGGCGCGUCGGCUCUGGAGAUGCAGGCGGCGCUGCAAGCGACGACCACGACGUACUCCAUCAAGGUCACAAAGGCGAUACGCAACGCGGCGAUCAACACCGCCAUUUGGUCUGUUACGUUCGCGUAUCUCCGAGGCGAGGAGAUGGUUGGUGCUGGCAACAUAUUCACCAUGACGGUGACAAACCCGCAGCUGACGGGGACGAACGCCGUGGUUCGCGUCGCCAAUAAGAUCAUAGGGUCCGACCCUUUCCGGUUCUCGCUCACGGGCCUUCGACCAGGCGUGAAGUACUACGCGCACGUGAUGGCGUACAAUGAAGAUGGCUUCGGGUCCGCGACGUCGCCACUUGCCAGCGCCGUGACGUGCAGUCAGCCGCCAGCUCCGCAGUCCGUCACCGCCAGCGUCGUGGACGGAACCACGCUACAAGUUGACUGGAGUGCGAGUGCGGUGAAUGGCGAUUCGUGCAGUGUGGACAAGUACAAGGUUGAGUGGUAUCGCGCGGAAGGAACUCAGGAGCAGCAGACCAUUACGACGUCCGCUGGAAAGGGUCUACCCGAGAUCCAGCGGUUGGUCAACUUUGCUGACUCACGCACCUUGAGUGGAUACUUCAGGUUGACUUUUGGCGGGGAAGUGACAGAAAAUCUGCGGUGGGAUGCUGAGGCGAUAGGCCUGAGCUCGGUCAAGGAGCGCUUGGAGCGGUUGUCGACAGUUGGCACAGUGGAUGUUUCAAAGCAAGAGUCGACCCGAGUCGUCAGCGGGUUUCUCGUGACAUCUGCAGGGACGACCGUCACAUCUUCCGUCGCUUACAGUAACCUAGCAGUGAACGACAAAAUCUGGAUUGCGGGGAACCAGCGCUCGGUUGCUGCCCUUCUAACGCCCACCACUUUCAGCAUCAACACUGCCCUCGAUAUCACGGUUCCCGUGCCGGUCUUCAAGAGCGCGUUUGGUUACGAGUGGAAGAUCACGUUCUUGGCAGGCCACGUUGGACCCCAGGAACUGAUCCAAGUGUCUCCGAGCGAUAGCUGGACGGGCAACAACCCCGGUAUUCUCGUCGACUCCAUUCAAAAGGGCCUUCAGCCCAUCAGCGGAACGUUUCGCGUCGCCUUUGCCAGCGCGGGAAUUUCAGACACUACGCCACCUUUGCCCCAUAAUAUCUCAGCAGGUGAGUUACAGACUGCACUUGAAGGCUUGGUCACCAUUGGGUCUGUGAACGUCACCAGAUCUGCAAACGGAUAUGGAUACAACUGGGUGGUCACGUUCUUGUCGGAGGUUAAGAACGAUGUGUCGCUACCAAGCGUCGAUGGGACAGCGUUGCAAGGCCCUGGAGCGCGAAUCCUCGCCGCGAGGACGUUGGCUGGAAUUCAACCAGCUACGUACUGCGAGCAGAAUGGAGCUGCUGGGGUCCCUGCUGAGGUUGCAAUGCCAGGGAAGUUGCGGUAUGUCAUCGGAAGUUUGAAGACAGGGCAGAAGUACGCCAUCCGAGUGCGCGCGCACAACGGUGAGGGCUAUGGCUACGCGGCGGGUAUCAGCUCGGUCUUUCAAAUCCCGCGGGCAACGCCUUCCACCCCUCAAAACGUCGAGCUGCUGGUGCUAUCCAGUAAAUACUUGAAGCUACGCUGGAGCACGCCCUCAAGCGAUGGCGGAACGGCCAUCUUGGGCUACAGAAUCCAAUGGGACACUGCAGGGACCUUUCCCAACGUGAAUACCCCCAACUACGACUACCAAACCAUGGUUAGCGUUUCUUCUACCGAUACGGGGCCAUACUUCUACAACAUUUUCGCUCCAGUCGUGACGACUUACUACGUUCGGGUGCUCGCUUUGAACGACCAGGGAGAUGGUCCGUACGCGCUUCCUACUCCAAAAUAUGCGAGACCAGUAGAUCGCGCCCCAGGGAAAGUCGAAGACGCCACGGCGACCGUCCUCUCGAGCUACGCUAUCUUGGUGGAGUGGAAUGCGUCAUCAAUCGACGAGUACUAUUACGGCGGAGACGGCGGCCUCUCCAUUACGCAGUACAUGAUCGAAUGGGACACCUCUCCAGCCUUCGACUCGCCUGCUGAGUUCGGCCUCGUGGACGGGAAGAAGCGCUCGUUCAUCAUCGGAGGCGAUGACGCUAUCACCGGUGUCCGGUCGGACAUCCUCGUUGCCGGGUCUUCAUACAGCAUCCGAAUCACAGCCUUCAACGCCAAAGGGUCUGGGGCUCCGCAGCCCACAGCUCCGUCGUCGGUCGUGGUCACGAAUCAGCCCCCAAGCGCCCCACAAAACCUUACUCUCAGUGUCAUCUCAGCCACGUCAGUGAAGGCAGGCUGGACGAAUCCUCUGUUCGACGGUGGUUCGAGUCUGAAGUCGUACCUGGUUGAGUGGGACGAACAGGAGGAUUUCUCCGGCGGACAGAGCUCCAGCGUCACGAUUCCGAUUGUUCGUGAGAUGCAGAGCGUGACUCUCCAGAGCGACGUCGUGAAUGAAGAGCAGUUCGUGGACGUGACGGUGGAAGUCGUGAACGAGGAGCAGGAGGUUCGCAGCACGUUUACCGGUGUGGACGAGAUUCAAGUGAUCACCACGAUGAACAACGCAGUGGUGGACGAAGUCCAGAAGGUCGUGACGUCCGCCAAAGAUGGCAAUGAGAUACAGGAAUUGCGGCUCGAUGACGACGAUAUUGACGAGAUUCAGGCGAUCCGGACUACGGUCACGGAAGGGUUUGAAGUACAGGACAUUAAAGUCGGCGUUGAGCGCGUGAGUGAGGUCCAGAGCAUCACGCUAGCGUUCACAGGGGGAGUGGGAAAUAUGGCCUCGGUCACGGGGACAUUCCACCUUACCUUUGACAGCACGAUCUGUACGUAUUGCCUGCCGACCAAGAAGCACAGCGCGGAUACGGGCGACCUCCUGUUGUCCUUGCAAGAAUCGGACAAGGUUAUUGCAGCAGGGACUAUCGAGACCGAACUGAUUAAGAUGGACAAUAUUGACUCGGUGACCGUCAGUCGGAGCAGCGUCACGUCGGGAAGUAACACCGGUGAUGAUCUGACGUACAUCUACUUGGUUACAUUCUCUGGUAAUGAUGUCGGAGGAGACGUGCCGCUGCUAUCCGCGGGAGGCACGAUCACAUUUAACGGCAACACGAUCACGCCCGUCAUUCAUCAAGAAGUUCAGGGAAACGAGCCGAGUUUUGACGCCACCGUGCCACCCACGUACUCUCUGAUCUCCGUCACAUACACGUGCGAAGCCUAUUCAAACCCGAACAUGGCGUCGUCGUAUAGCACCGCGUGCACCCCGACCGACAAGGUGUGCGAUGCCUGCGUGACGGACUUUGACGGCUCGACUUUCACCGUAUCGGGCGAUGUGAGCGCUCUAGUCACCCAAGGAACGAACUUAGUUGCCGGCGCUUGCUCGUUUGAAGCCGAUUCGGUAGCGUUUACUACAACGACGGCGAUUGGAAUUACUACGGACGACCCGGGCGCGCUGUGCAGUACCUUUACCGGUGCAGCGUUGUCGCUUUAUAAGGCGCCUCAGCGGACAGCGUCCAGCAUUCCGAUCAAGCUGGCGGCAGCUGCGACGGCGGAUGGCGGGGACAUCCAGACCUACCUCGCUCCCGUCAUUGAUACGGUGACAGUCCAGAGGGACUUUGCUGUCACUUCCGCUUUCGUCGGGGCGAUUUACUCCGUGAUUGCUGACAUCCCUUGGGAUGCCAGUGAAUCGACAAUGAAAGCCGCGCUGGAAGCUGUGGACACACGCGUGGGUAAAGUUGUCUUUGGGAAGGUAGAAGUCACGCGAAGCGUGUACAAUCCCACGGGCAACAAGUGGUCGGGAGGGUUCUCGUGGCAGAUUACGUUCACCACGAGUCCGCUGUCGAAUCCGGGCGUGGCUUGUAGAAAUGGAAACCAGAUAGGGGGCACCUUGGACAUUACGUUUGGAGGGAUAACCGCUACGUGCACGCUCGGAGUGGACACUUCGCUGGCUACACUGGACCAAAGUAUAGAGGAUGCUAACUUUGAGAACUUCUUCAUCAACGACCUCAAGAUCCCGACGAUCACGAUCAUGCGCUCGGCAGCAUCUCAGGCACUGGGGUUUACCUGGACCAUUACGUUUAUCGACGACAGCACCGGGGGUGAUGUGGGCAGUCUUGUGCUAGCGACGCAGCUUACGUCCACUACAGGGAGUAACAACGGGCGGACGUAUGUGGACGAGGUACUGAAAGGCAAUGAGCUCGCCGGAGCCUUUCAGCUCGUCUUUAAUGGGGAGACGACCGGACCCAUCCUGGCGGGGGCAGACGCAUCGGCGAUAGAAGCUCAGCUCAAUAGUUUACGCUCGAUUAAACCCAGCAGCGUCAAGGUAUCACGUGGUCCGCCAACGUCCGACCAAGUGCUCGGGUAUACGUGGUUCAUCACGUUCCGUUCUUCCGUGUGGGCCGACCCAACGAUCGAUCACUCGGCUGGUAUCGAUGGUAACUGGAAAGGAGCGGCGGCGGCUUGGGACGCCGUGUGGGAGACGGGAUACUCCAAAGCGUGGGGCCGUCAGGUCGGCCAUCCGUCCUUGAUCCAGUGCGACAAGAGCAGCUUGAUCACGACGACCAACGAUGGGACUCAAGUCUGCGAUACGGAUGUAGUUACUACGGGCGUGGGGCCUCUCGCUGGGACGUUUGCCGUCACUUUGGACACGAGACUUUCCAGUCAUUUGGCGGUGCAGUCCUCGGAGACGAGUGAUCCGAUCGCACAUAACGCGUGGGCGACAAAGGAAGAGAGCGGGAAUUCAGGGACGUCAGUGGAAGAAAUCCUGGAGAGGAUGCCCAAUGUGGGGGACGUCGACGUCUCCAGAAGCCUGGUGGACCCAACCAACGGCGGCUACGCGUGGACAGUGACCUUCUUGAGGGACGCUAGCGACCCCACUCACCCCUGCGAGCAGCUCGAGACGUUGGUGGACGGCACGCAGCUCUGCAACUCGCCUGGGAACGUCCCCCAAAUGACUACGGUUGAGACGCUACUGAAGGGAUCAACUCCACACGCUACGGUCUCUACAACGCAGGCGGGGGCUAUUCUACGAGGCGAUUUCACGGACUUCAAAGUGCAGGGAGACGCUGGUGUCGCUCAGCGGUACACAGUCAGCUCUUUGGACUGCGCUGCGUUGAAUUCCGGCAACACUGCGACGCCGCUGGGGCUGUCGAUCAUCAUCCCGUGGAAUGCAGAAGGGGGCUUAGUGAAGCGAGUGCUGGAGGCCGCAGCGACCAACUCGGGGAGGAAAGUGAGUGUCCAAAAGACGGUGCACGGCAAGUACGGCGAGAUGUCGUGGCUGGUCCACUUCAUCUCCAACCCGACCUAUACACCGCUAGGUGCCGGUAAUUUACCGCCUAUCGCCGCAACUUUCCUCCCCGAGACAGCGUUAAACAGCAAUCCCAUCGGCGUGACCGAAGUUACGCGCGGAUCAGACGGACUGAGUGGAUCGUUCUUCUUGGACUUCCACUCGUCCUUUGGUCCGCGUGAGAUGGCUUUUAACGAGGACCCGACGCGUCUGGAACGGAAGCUCAACGAGAUGGAUACAAUUGGCAGAGUCACCGUAGAGCGAUACGAAUACCCUUCGGUCGACACGGGGUGCACCGACUCGCUAUGCUCCGGUGGAUGGGACAACCAACCUGUUGAAAACCCAGGGACUCGAGGAGGAUAUCGGUGGAGGAUUCGGUUUUUGCGGGUGACCGGAGAGUACGAAGGUGUCACAUUCCCGCCCGGUAGCGGCAACCUGGACGAGUUCUCGGUGGAUUAUUUAACCUCCUUGAAUGGCAAUGGCCGAUCGGUCGAAGUGUACACGAACACGGCCGGCUCGUCGCCGAUUCUAGGGACCUUCAUGCUCAGCACGUCGACUGCCCAGACCCCGUCGCUUCUGUAUUCCUCUACAGCUGCAGCGGUUAAACAGGGGAUUGAGGCGAUGGAUUUAUUUGGCGAAGUGGAUGUGACACAAGGGUACUUACUAACCCAGAAGAUCCCCGGAGUGGCUGCCAGCAUUGCUCGAGACGGCGCUAGUGCAACAAUCACGGGUGUUGACGAUAUCCGGCAGUUGAUCUCCCCCACUGACGUCAUCCGAUUCGGCUCUUCGUCGCCUGACAACCUCGCGGGGUCCAACGGAGACGCUCCAUUCACCACGGCCAGUACAACGUCAUCUGUGACGGUGGAUGCUUUGUCCCCCGUUGUCAUAGCUGAAACACCUGUGUCCACGAAGCUGCUGUAUCCUGGCAUGCAGCUGCGCAUUGACGGUCUGGCGUACGAAGUCCAGCGCUCGGGCCACGAAAUUCAGACGAUCACGACCGCUCUUCCUACGAGCUCUUGGAGUGCAAAACAAGGGACUGACUACUACUCUCUGACGUUCUCCAGAGCAGGAGCGACUUACGGCCCGACAGCGUACGUGUUGGUGUCCCGCUCAAGUGUUGUGACUACAGCGACAACGACGGGUUACGUGUAUACUGUCUACUAUUUCGGCGACGCAUUGACUGGUGAUGUAGCAACACUACAAACGUCCUCGAAGACGACAGGGGGAGUUUCUUGCACUGGAGUCGCUGGCAGUAGUGUUACCGUUGCAGUCGACACACAAGGUGGGAAUCUGCCCCACCAGCGUUUGUCUCUAGCUACAGACUCGGGGCAGGUUAUCGACACCAACGGGUACUACAAGAUGUCUCUGAACGGGAAGGAGACGGACUGUUUAUUGUGGGGAGCAGCUGCGAGCGAUGUGGAGAAUGCGCUUGAGACCAAGCUCAGCACCGGCCAAGUGAUCGUAACACGGCGUGGAGGAGGCGUAUCACAAACGGAGCUCCAGCGUCUUCGCAUGACAGCGGACGCAGAGGUCACGUCCGAUACUACGGGCCUCUUCCAGCUGCAGUUCACGCUCCAAGGCCAAAGUGCAGCUACGAGCUGCAUCAGUUAUGGAGUUUCAGCAGCGAAUUUACAGAAGGAGCUCAAUGCUUUGAGCAAUUUGAACAGCGCAGUGGAUCACAUCAACGUAACGCGCGAUGGAGACGGCUCGUCGACGUGGGGCUUUGGCUACGAGUACUUGAUCAACUUCAGAGGCCCCGUGGGUGGAGGGUACAGCCCCGUGGUUGGCAACGUCCCCCUACUUGAGAUCGUAAAUGUGGGGCAGAGUCCGUGUUCAUCCACUGCGAUCGGUGGCCACCCAGCGUUGAUUAUGGAGACGGUGCGCCAAGGCUCAGCUGGAUACACGUACGAUAUCUUCUUCAUGGACUACACAGCGACUGCGACGGUGCCGCUGCUCUGGCUGCAGCAUGAAGGCCAAGGAUCUGCGUGUACGACCGGUUGGGUCCACAACGGAGGAAGUGUGCGACGCGCCUCGAUGGAAAUGAUCGACUUUGGAGGCAGCAGCGAGAUCCAGAUUUUGACGAUCUACAACAAAAAUGCUGCUGGGAGAUUUCAACUUUCAUUCUUGGGACAGAGGACAGCUUGCUUGUCGUUCAGUGCCGCGGCUUCAGCAGUGCAGGACGCGCUGAAUGCGUUGACAAACGUUGGAACAGGCGGUGUCGCAGUGACGAGAGAUAUCGACGUUAAGGUGGCGCUGAAUGGAUACAUCCAUCGUAUCACCUUCGUGGGGGACUUGGUGACGGGUAACGUGCCGCUCUUAACCGUCCAAGAAGCUGAUGCGAACUGUCUUAACGCUGGCCCGACGACGAAAGCUGCGGUAACGAUGGAUACCCAAGGAGGGACCAACUCCGGUGGGUUUGCGCUUACAAGUUUCUACAACGGAGAAGCCCCCGGAGUACCGCACAUUGCGUACAGCAUCUCGCAACAGUUUAGCGUCAUGAGCGAGCAGUUCGAAGUCCAGCAGCUGAUCGUGACGAACCCAACCAACGCAGCAGCGUCGUACAGCCUCUCGCUAUUGAACCAGGUGACUGGAACAAUCCCCUGGGACGCGUCUGAGAGUGCGCUGGAGGCGGCGUUGACUGUGAGUGGAGUGACGGCAGGUGAUAUCACUGUGACUAGACGGCAAGACGCGACCCUGGCGCCUCAGGGCUAUGUGUACACGAUUUACUUCAGCGGAGCUUCUGUCGCUGGGAACCUGCAGCCUCUGACCACAGGAACGCUGUCGAAUCUCGUCGCCAGCAACAUACAGGUGUCACUUAUCCGUGAUGGGAUCGAUGGUGUGCCGCCGUUCACCGCCAACUCCAUCCCACUGGCACUGCCUGACAACCCCAGCGUGGGGUCGAGCUACCUCUCCAGCGCUACGAGUCUCGAUGUGUUCAAAGUGAACGGGUUUCUAUGGACGAUCAAGUUCAAGUCGUCGCUUGGGAACAUUCCAAAGCUUGGGAAGCAGACGAAAGCACUGACAGGAGGGACUAUGGCGAUCACGGACGACUUUAUCCCAGGCUCUGCGUCCAACUCGUACGUUAUUACGAACCUUCUGGCUGGAAUCAACUACUAUGUCCACGUUGCAGCCAUGACGGACAUCGGCACUGGCCCAUUCACAGCCUCUGGCUCCAUUAUGCCAAGCAGUACAGCGUCUGCAGUACAGAACAUCGCAGCAGGGUACGCGCUAUUCGAGCGUGAAGUGCAGGAGGUGAGACUGGCAGCCACUCACGUCAUGGAGAUCCAGGAGAUCACAACGGAGGCAGCGAGUAUCGCCGAGGUUCAAACGCUGCGGACCUACGCGUCUCCGGCUCAGUGCGCAAGUGGCUCCUGUAUCAAAGGAUCCUUCGCAUUCCGCGUACCCACGAUUCAGACGGUGACGAUCUCGGCCCAGGCAGCGAUCACGGGAGGAACCUUCACGUUAUUGUUUACGAGACAGAUCGCGGACCCGAACAAUGCUGGGUCGUUCAAAACCGUUGGCGCUAAGACUGCUGCCAUUGAUUGGGACGCUGACGCCGAUGAGGUUAAGGCAGCUUUGGUGGCAGUGACUAACAGCGCCGUUACUGCUAGUGACAUCGUGGUUACGCGCGAUGGUGAUGCCUCGGAGGAGUUCGACUAUGGAUACGUCUUCCAGGUCACCUUUGUUGGCAACAAUGUCGCUGGAGAGACCUCGCAGAUGACGUGUGGAGACGUCGGAUUUACAACGACUGGUAGCGUGCCGUCUAGCUGUGUUGUGACGAUGGAUACGGACAUUGCAAUGGGGACGGAUACUGCCGUCCAGCAUGUUAUCGUUAAGGCUAGCAAGCCAUUGGUGACGGGGUCGUACAGUCUGCGGUUUGAGCACCUUGGAGCGAAGAAGACGUCCGGCUGCAUCCCGUUCGACGCAUCGGCUAGCAUCAUGGACGCAGCGCUGGAAGCCAUGGACAACAUCGACAAGGUCUUUGUGACACGAACGCGUGAUGCCACGACAGCUCCGAACGGCUUCAUCUACCAGAUCUUCUUCCACGGCAACGGCGUGUAUGGAGAUGUAAAGCUACUCGAAUCGGUAGGGUGCACCACCUUUCAGACACAGGAGAAGAACGCGCUCACUGCCGUCGGCGUGAACGACCAAGUGCUGAUCUCAAUAGUGGAUUAUGGCGGGUUUAAUUUGGAUAAUACCUUCGUCGAUGCUGCGUCAGCUACAGCGGCGCAGCUGACGGCAGAUCUGGACCAGCUACCAGUAUUCGGUGACGUACUGGUGUCUCAAUCGCUGGUGGACGAACAGGGUGGCUACAUCUGGACGGUGGCGUUCAAAGACUCAGAAGGGAAUUUACCACAGUUCAUCUGUGCCGUGGACGCGACGUUUACUGCGGCUACGGGCACGGGGUGCGAGACCGAUACUCUAACGAAUGGUAAUGUUUUAAGCGGCAGCUUCCUUAUUGAAGCUUCUGCGCCGAUUCCGUUCAAUGCCGACGCUGGAACGAUGAAGGCAGCGCUCGAAGCGAUGUCAUGGGUUGGUACAGUACAGGUAAAGCAGUCAGCGCCGUCUCCGCAGCUUGGAUACACGUGGACGAUCACGUUCCUGGACUACAAGGGGGACGUUCCUACGCUGCUGGUGACGAGCUCGCUAGUGGGGACAGGCAGUCAGAUUUCUAUGCAGGAGGUACGGAAGGGCAACGCGCUUGGGGGAAAUUUCACGCUCGCGUAUUCCAGCUCCGUGACGGAUGCGAUCACGUUUGAUGCGUCCGCGAUGGCUGCGACGGUAAACCCGGACGGAUCGUCGUUGCAAGAGAAGCUGGAGGCGCUGGACGUUGUUGGACGAGUCAGCGUUCAGCGCUCAGGACCCGACAAGGAAGGAGGGUACAGCUGGGUGGUGACGUUCCUGGACAACGUUUUGAACUCUGGAGACCUGCCACUGCUACAGGGCAACGCUAGCUCUUUGACGGGCGAAGGUGCGGUCGUGUUCACCCGAGAGGUGACCAAAGGGUCCAAUGCGGUGGGAGAUCAGCUGUGGUUGUCCUUUGAUCCACCGGCGACCGACAACGGCAGUCCCAUCACCAAGUACCAGGUCCGCUGGGAUACGUCGGCCAAGUUCACAGCCAACCCGGCGGACGUCUUCAUCACGGAUGCCGACGUGCUGUACCGGACGCAGCGUAUCACGACAGGCGCUCCCAGUCUGGCGUGGUCCAACAACAUGAUCCAGCCCACAGUCCCCGAGAUCCAGACGCUGAAGAUCAUUACGGCGGGGACGUUCACGCUGACCUUCCGCGGUGUAGCAACCGCGACGCUCACAGCUGGAGCCACGGCCCAAACGGUGGGCAUCACGUCGAUAGCCAGCCUCGAGGCAGCCCUUGAGGCGCUCGCCAGCGUCGGCUCUGUCGACAUUUCGUCGGCUGCGACUGCGUUGGCGGUGAACGCCGAGUUCCUCAUCACGUUCACGGCGCAGCCUGGCGCGCUGCCCCUACUAGCGCCGUCCCAUCUGACCGUCGCGUCGGUCGUGGAGACGCAAGCAGGGACGACCAACUUCCGCAAGGAGGUGGUGGUGUUCUCGUGCCAGGCAACAGCGGGGCAGGUCCGGUUCACGUACAACGGGGUGAACGCCGACAGCCUCAGCGUGUCGAGCGAUCCGGCGCAAACGCUCUUGUGCAGCGCAGCGAACCCGAAAGACGUCACGAUCGUCUUCGACCGCGUGUACGGCGACAUCAGCCUCACUAUCGCGAAGAAAGUUGCAGCGGGAGCCGACGCCGUCAUCACGCGCAACACCGACGCGUCCAUCGACGGCGUCUACAACGACAACCCCGCUCUCACCAUGAGCGGCACGUUCCAGGUGGGCUACCAGGGCCAGUACACGCGUCCACUGAACGCCGAGUCGAGUGCGGACCAGCUCCGGUACGCACUGGAGGACCUCGACUCGAUCCAGACGGUUGGCGUAUCAAGGCAGCUAUCGUACCAGCCGCUGCCAGGCAAGGUGGACGUGACGGAGGGCGAGAUUUUCGUCACGUGUUCUGCAGGCGAGACGUGCGGCUUCUACUCUGCUGCGUACGGACUGCCCGGGUAUUCGAUUCGGAUCGGCGGUGACUGGUACACGGUUCGCACGGACGUGGUGUCUCCUGGGCUGUCGAGUACGCGGUUGUAUCUGGGUGACUUGAAUGGCCGUGAAGUUGGGUAUCUUGGCUCGACGCAGACGGGAGUGACGGUGCACGAGUGGACGAAGGGCUACGUGUGGACUGUGGACAUGUUGAGCGUGGCGUCUCCACUCGGCUACAUCCGUGCAAAAGUGCCCAGAUUGUUCCCGGACGACGCGACAGUGCGCGUAUUCGGCAGUGCUUGCGAUAAAUGCUACUAUUUACCCACGCAGACAUCCAAGAAGCUGGUAAUUGGCCAGCAGUACUACAUCGAAGUCAAUACGGUUGUGCGCGUUGUCGGUGACCACGACUGCGCGAACUUCAACACGCGCGCGUACUCGCUCACGUACUACAUCUUCCCACCGGCAUCGGUAUCAGGCGCACUGAUCCAAGGCUCACCGCCCUUCCGAUACUUGAUAUCAAACCUCGUUAUCGGUAGUACGUACUACGUUCGAGUUGCAGCGGUUAACUCCGUCCCGGUCCAGCAAAUUGCUCUGGACGGCGUCCCACCCGACAAUAGGCAGUGGAGUGCACCCCUGUCCGUUACGACAAAGGACCGCGCACCUGACGCACCUCUUUCGGUUGAAUUAUUCCCGUUCUCUGGGACCAUUCUCCAGCUGCAAGUCCAGCCCUCCACUCGGGACGGGGAGGGGACAGGGGGCGAUGCAAUCACAGCGUUUUGGAUCGAUAUCGACACGGUCUCGACGUUUGAUUCCGCAGGAAAAAGCGCACCGAUCGAGGUGCUUGUCGCCAGUGGCUCGAUCCCGGAGCUCUACACUGGAGGACCUCGGAUCUUUUACCUAACAGGACUUACAACUGGGACGCGGUAUUUCGCUCAAGUGAAGGCUAAGAACUCCAUCGGAUACAGUCGAGCGACUUUGGCGCCUGCUCCAGUUGCACCGACGCGACAUGCAGACGGCCCGAUCAAUGCGAAGGUGAGCACCGUGACCGUCUCGUCGACUCCGAUUGGCUCGGCCACCGUGACAUGGCAGAAGCCCGCGACCAACGGCGGCUUAGGCCUCAGCAGCUACAAGAUUGAAUGGUGGCGAACCAAGUCGCGGCCAGAAAUUCAAGUGAUCGAACUCACGUGGAAGACGGUACCGACUCAAGCGCCGUUUACUCUCGCGUUUGGCGGUGGUAAAUCCGAGCAGUUGGCGAUGGAUAUCUUACCGGAGAAUCUACGCAGCGCCCUAAUGAAUAUCGUAGUAGGUGGGGCUCUACCCGUGGGGCACGUGGAGGUGUCGCGUUCUACCAUUAACAACAACCUCGGAUACCAGUGGACUGUGACAUUCGCCAAUACGAACGUGAACCCUGGAAACCAGCCCCUACUUCAGCUGGAGAUCGGUAAUGUGGUGGGUAGUACGGACGUUACUGCUAGAGUGUUUGAGCUUACGUCGGGUAUUGCGGUGCCUGCUUUAACGACAUUCCCGGGGAAGUCGGAGGUGCAAGUUCUUGUGACGUAUCACCUCUCAGAGACGGUGGGCGGGUACUUCCGCUUGGGCUACAAGGGCUCCGCCUGGACGAAUUAUUUACCAGCGACUAUUAGCGCCACCAAUUUGAAGCUCGCGCUGGAAUCCCUCCCCACUAUCGGCGUUGUGAACGUGAAUCUGGAGUCCAUGGCGGCAGCUGGACAGGCUUUCAGGUUCGGGCAGGUGUGGACAAUCACCUUCAUCUCGAAUGUGGGCAACUUGCCCCCACUCACCAUUGAGCCGUCGAACCUUACCCCAGUAGAUGCGUUUAUUGGAGUCAAAGACGGUGACAACGCGGUGGACGGGAACGGAGUGCUGUGUCUGCCUGGCAGUGACGUGAUUGCGUGUCCAGGCUCGUUUCCUAUUGGUGUUGUGGCGUUGAGACAGCUAACGGCUCCUCAGAAGACCGUGGUCGAGUUAGCUGUACAAGGCGAA